UGGCCAAAAAGAUUGAAAAGAUUACAAAAAUGAGUGAACCUUCUAAUCAGCCUUCUAGUAUCAUAAAACCUCAAAAACGAGCUCCUAUGACCUCAGGAUCUCUCCCUCCCACAUACCCCGAAAUCAGCCCUUCCACUCUCCAAACCCUCUCAAACUACACUUCGUCCCAAACCCCGAUCUCUAAAGCCCCUGCUCACCUCUACCACAGCGCUUACGCCUCCCUUCAGUCAACCCCUGCUCCAAAAUCCCUCCCACCGUUCCUGCGCUGUGACAUUUGCCAACAGCUUGAGUCCCUUGACCACCUUCUGAUCCUCUGCCAGUCAUGUCUUGUCCCCGUUCACAAGUCAUGCUACCUGCUUGACCUAGCGUGAAACCCUGACCAACUGCACAAGAAGCACAAAGGCUUCUUGAUCACCAUCCAAGGCUUCGAAGUCAUGGUCAAGGGCUGGACCUGCCAGCGCUGCCAGCAUGGCUUCAAAGGUAAAUGAUGCUUCUGCAAGAAGGAAAAAGGCUGCUUGGUCAAGAGCACGCUUGAAGGCGAGGAAAUCUGGGCACAUGUCCAGUGCGUUUACUGGUACCAAAGCGUAUGAUACCAGGAUAAUGUCAUGAAGAAGAUCAUAGUAAGAAGUCACGAAGAAGAACAGAAGAGCAAGCCGAUGGGAGUGUGACAGUACUGUGAGCAACAAAUCAUGGGAUUAUCAAGGGAACCCAGGAAAUGAGACCUCAGAGACAUCCUGAAGCAAAACAGAUAUGAUUUGUGUUUUGCCUGAAGCAUCAGGAAGAAGGUGUCAAAAAAAGUCUCAAAUCAAGAUCUAAAAGGACUUAGAGAAGUCAAUUCAAAUGUAAGUUUUGAAGUGAAAGAUGAAGACCCUACCGAUCCUUCAGAAGAGAUAGAUCUACUCAAGAAUCUUGCAUUGAAGAAUAAUAAAAAGGGUAACACUAAGCCAAAGAUAAUCUCAGAUAGUUCCAAGAAGAGGAUGCAGAAGGCUCUUGAGAAGGAGCUAGAGGUAGCUCAACAAGACACUAGCCACAUAUCAGAGCCAUCUAAUAUUGAUGAUAAGAAGGACUAUGAAGAGUCUAAGAUAGUUACAUCUGAGCAUCAAUCUCGAUCAGAACUCCCUCCUGAUCAUAUAGACAGGAAGGAAGACCUUGACGUUGACAUUUUUGAUUAUAAGCAAGCCAACCUGAAGGAUUUAAUGGAACUCCAGAGAGUCUUUGCAAGAGAUUUAGAUAGGAGAAUGAUGAAACAAGAGAGAAGCUUUGAACUUUUGAGUGAGAGGAUUGAGAAGUUGGAUGGUUUGAAUGAUUUUAUGAAAGAGGUACUUGGAAAAAUAGAAAAUUUAGAGAAAGUCAACCAAAAUUUAAACACUAGCUUCAAAGAUUAUAUCAGCAGAUCUCCUAUCCGCCUACAUCAAAUCCCUCCAAUGUCCCUUCUCAGCCAGUCAGCAGCCCCAAUCAGCCGCCUUCUGCUACCACUCAAGGCAGCUUGUACAUGCCUAGCCCUGACCUGGCUAAGCUGCUUUGAAUUCCUGUAGAAACUACCUCUUCAGGAACUUUCUUCCAGACCCAGCUGCUCAAGUACUGCCAGCAAAAAGGUUAUAUUAACAGUCAAGGGCUUUUAGAGCUAAAUAAGGAUAUCGACUUGAUCUCGCUCAAUUUUGGAAUAGUUUGAGCUCCAGGAGAUGUGGUUACAGAAAUGAUUAAAAUUGGGCUUAUAAGUGAGUUUAGGUA